CUCAUGAGCUCAGCGGUCGGCGCACACGAUACGGUGCCAACGCAUGCAAAGACGUUGUUGUCUAGGCGUAAACCGAUCGCUCUCACGAAACAACCAGCUUUUCGCAGCUGUGCCACGCUAGCUAGCCAUGGCAUGCAUGCUAGCACCCCUGCUGCUGGUGGCUGCCGCCAGCCAUGCAUUGCAAGCGCCUCGCCGCGUCGCAAGGCACACGACGCUGCGCAUGGCCACGGAAAUCGUGCAGUUCACGACGGACUUACGCGUCGAAGAUCAUGGCGGGUUAAGCGCGGCAGCGAACGCGGACGCGUGGCUUCCAGUCUACUGCGGCACGGACGCGGACGAUGCGCGCGUCGCAAGAGCUCUGCGCGAGCUCGACGCCGAACUUAGGGAGAAAUACGACGCGCCGCUGCGCGUCGUCAAGGGAAACCCGACAAAAAUUGCCGACGUCGCAUCAAACAUGAACGCGGGCGCCGUCCACGUCUGCGCCGACGACCCUACGGUAGCGACGGAGGACCUGAAAGAGGCCCUGGGAGAUAACUUCAAGACCUGGACGGCGCCGCUGCGGGAUUUGACAAUUGAUCCCGAGCGCGACUUCGACGCGUACAUAUCAAGCCUCGGUAGCGUUAUAAAGCCCGAGGCCGCUCCGGUCAAUAUGCCGCCCCUCGCAUCCACCGAUCUGGACGGCGUCGAUUCAUUGAAACCGCAGUCGCCGCACGAGGCGCCGUGGGCAGACGUCAGUACAAAGUUCUGCGGCUGCCGGUCCCUCAAAGAAGGCCUGGAAAGCUACCUGAGCGAAGGGCGGGGGCCCUUCACCGAUCGACACUUCACGAAACCUCAGACAACUUCUCUGUACGCCGCGUCGCUGGCCUGGGUCGUCGGCGAUGGUACACCGAGCGCGCGCCUCGCGUACCGGGAACCCGCUUCACGAGCCUUCUCGGAGGCGCUGGCGCUAGGCUGUCUGAGCGUCAGAGAAGCGUAUUCACUCGCCCGACGAGGUGGAGCUCUACCUAUAACGCAGACGAAGGGUCGAGGGUGGCCCGUCUUCUUCGAGAGGACGGCGACGGCGUUAGGUGAUGUCGUCGAGUUCGGCGAGUACCACCGGUUACUCGCAUCGGCAAAGGGGCCUAGAUCGAAUGGAGACAGCUGGUAUAGGUGGGAGGGCCACCUGUGGCGACUGAAGACGCUGCGGGGCGAAGCCUCAUCAUCCCCUACAUUGGUCUGCGUCCACGGCUUCGGGGCGUCAUGUAACCAGUGGGAGCGGCUCACGGAAGCGUUACCUCAUGAUAUAGAGCACGUCGUCGCCAUUGAAUUACUAGGCUUCGGGCUCUCGGCCAAGCCCGGUAUAAGCUACACGCAGCACCUCUGGGAGCGCUACGUGAGCGACGCUCUACGACGUGUGCCGGGGCCCGUGGUGCUGGUAGGCAACUCGAUCGGCGGCGGCUUGUGUGCGGGUGUCUCCGCGAAUCAUCCCGAGAAAGUAGCCGGAUUAAUCUUGUGCAACACGGCGGGAAGCUUGUUGGAUGCGGAGCAGGUCAAGGAAGAGGGCGGUUUGGAUGUCGCUGCGAAGACGCUGAACCUUGAUUUGGCGCCGUAUGCUGGACCGCCGCAAUUUGCGUUGGACGCCUUCGGGGAAGUCGUCAUCGCCGGUCUAAGACCGAAGAUCCCCGAACUCCUAAAAAAGUACUACGACGUGCGGCCGGAAAACGCGGACGUGGCCCUCGCUAACGCUAUUUCGAGGGACGCGCGGGACCCUGGCGCGGCCAACGUUAUUGGUUCGGGUGCGAAGCUGCCCCCCCAGCGGUCGCUGAACGAGGACUUUGGGAUCUAUGAGGGCCCGAUCUUGGUCCCGCAGGGUUCUAGGGAUGCCGUGACGGGCCCCGAGCGCGCUGUUCAGCGUGCCGACGACCUCGAGAAGCUCCGGCCAGACAUCACGGUCGAGAAAUUAAUCUCGGGCCACUGCCCCCACGACGAGACCCCCGAUUUGGUCGCCGGCGCUAUUGGCGGGUGGUGGCCCCGCGCCGUGGAACGCGCUAGAAGUCUAACAAUUUAG